AUGUUUCGCUUCUCUUUUUCCGUGCGGCAGGCGUCAAAGCGGCUGAUUGCGGAGCUUGCGAGCAUCAACGCCAGGAAGGAGGCUGCCGACGCAAAAGCAAAAUCAUCAGUGACCUCCGCCACGAAGCACGCCUCUUCUUCUUCAAAGACGAAGGCGACGUCUGCGUCGGCCGCUGAUGCGGAGGCGGCGGCAGUGUCGGUGCGUGCGGCAGCGGAAGGCGCGAUGCCGAAGAAGACGCACACGGAGCCUGUCGUGGCGACAAAACUCGCGAAGAUAGCCAAGAGGAUGAGGAAGCAGAAGGCGGCAAAGGCAGAAGUGACGGCCGGUGAUCACUUCCACACCGAAGUCAUGGCAACAAAGGACUCUGGGGAGACCCCAUUGCGUGAGGCGGAGAUGCCAGCGGAGACCGUCAGGAAGGCAAGCCCCGACGCAGACCCUCCAAAGGCGGAGGGACAGCAAAUGAAGAAGAAAAAGAAGAAAUUGUUGAAGGCGGCUUCUCCGCCCAAGUCUCUCAGCCAAGUGAGGGAGGAAGAAAAGGAGGCAUCUCCCCCUGUCGAUGCCCCCGAUGCGGAAAUGCAUAAACAACCAAAAACAGUGCAUAGGAAAGAAGAAAAGGUGGUAGCGAAGGCUGCCGCCCCUGCCGAGGCUUCUCCCUCCAAACCCGAGAAAAGUGAUGCGUCGCAGCAGAAAACGCCGAUGAUUAAGGCCUUUCGUAUUGAAGAUGUGCUUUCAGCUUGUACACCAGAUGAUGGGGUAUUUGCACGGCGGCUUCCGCAGGGUGGCUGUCAAUUCUUUGCAUGGCCCGGUACGCCGCUUGCUGUUGCCAGUAAUGCAGUAUCGACCAUGCCUGAUACCAUUCGCACCGUGCACGCCAUAUUUGGUCGGAAGAAGACACCCAUUGACUUGGUGCUCGACAUUGACUGCCCUGUGCCACAAGAACACUGGAGCAUGUCAAAGAUUCGUCCAUUCCAAAAGAAGGUUUUGGAUGAUAUCAUGACGGUGGUAAUGGGAGAGAUUGAAGCAAUUGGGGAGAAAAUUGCUUCUCAGGUUGUUUUACAAUCACCAAAUCUCAAGAAGGCUUCCUUUCAUGUACACACAAAACUAAAAGACGUGGCCUUUGAGGACUAUGAAUCACUUCACGGGUUUCUUUAUCGAUUUCAUAAAAAAGUUCCUCAAGUGGAUUUACAAAUCUACCGCCCGAACGGAAUGCUGCGAAUGCACCGCUGCAUGAAAGAAAAUCAUACAAGUGCCAUUACUGUUUUUGAGGAUAAAAAAUGGAAUAUUGGCUUCCCUAAUGGUGUCGUACCCGACCCUGUUGCGGCGUUGCACUCCGCUUGCGUCCGCGAGAGUGGGACGUAUUCUCGUCUACUUCACUUUGAAGCCCCACGAAUGAUUCUUGUGCCUGAAGAGGGGGCCGAUAAAGAUGCCACCGGGGCUGCGAAUGGCGCCUCGAAAAUCCCACCGAUUUUACUGCCUCUGACUGAGCGAGAGGCGGUGGAGAAUGUCUCGAUGUGGCUCCGCACCGGAACACGGGAGGUGGACGUUGGUGACUGGCGCUCAUGGAUUAAACUUGGCAUCAACACAUUCCGCAUCGCUUAUCACUUCCGUGACGCCCAAACGUUGAGACGGCCCGCUAUGGAGGAGCUGCUGGAUGCGUGGGUGGAGGCCAGUAAGAAGUGUCCCAUGAAAUACAGGCCCGGUGUUUGCGAGGCCAAGUGGAGCAGCUUUGACAUCGAUAAAUUAUGCAAAUUGCAGGAUAACGAUUGGUGGAGUUCAUACCAGCGCAUUGGGCGCGUUGCCGCGUUGAACAAGGCGGCAGAUGCGGGAGGGGCAACAUCCGCAACUUCGUCAAAGAAGGCAGAACAAAAAUGA